CUGAAAUGUUUCAAAUGAUUUUUGAGGGAGAGUUGCAUGACCUGUGGCAUUCUUCUAAGAUGAACACCUCAGAUUUACCCAACGCGAGCCAUGGGGAUACAUGUACUCCUGAGCCUCAGCACAUGUCUCUGACUGUGAUCCUCUGUCUGGUCUAUCUGCUGGGCCUUCUGCUCAAUGGAUUCAGCCUGUGGGUCUUCACCUGCCGCAUUCACAAAUGGAACUCUGGAGCUGUUCUGCAGUUUAAUCUGGCUCUAUCUGACGCCAUCAUCACUCCACUCACCCCACUGAUGGCAGCGUACUUUGCCAUGGAUAGCAAUUGGAUUUUUGGGGAUUUUGCCUGCCAGCUAAAGAUCGCCGUGCUCAGCAUCCACUUCAAUGGCAGUGUCAUCUUCCUCACACUCAUUAGCGUUCAUCGAUAUGUGUCUGUGGUUCACUUCAAUCGCUCCUCGUUGAUAAAAAGGAAGAUAUUCAUGAAGAAGUUGUGUGCUGGGAUUUGGUGUUUUCUUAUAAUAAUUGGCAUUCUCUAUGGAUGGCUGCUUCCUGUAACCACUGAAGAAAAUCAUGGGCAGUGUCUUACUAUUCAUCAGACAAGGUUGACGGAUGCUUACUUUAUUAUUAACUUUGUGGUUUUCUUCUUUUGGUGUAUUUUACCCUUAACUAUAUCAGUGUUUUGCUACAGUCGCCUGGCAAGCUCAGUGUCCCGCAUUAACAUAAAUUCUGCUCAGGGCCUAUCAGUCAAGAAUAAGUCUAUGAGGAUGAUAGGGAUAUGUGUAUUCAUAUUUGGCCUUUGCUUUCUUCCUCUCAAUGUUGUUCGGACUAUUGGAGUAGUUGUGAAAAAGUAUCAUCCCAGUAAAUGUAGACUUAUGUUGCAGUUGCAAACAGCAUAUUAUGCAUGCUAUAUAUUGGCAGGAAUCAACUGCUGCUUGGACCCCCUAAUCUACUUUUUUGGCUCACGUAAUUUUAUCAAAGCAUUCAGAAGAUCUCUUAAGGUAAUAGGGGUCAGACGUAAUGUUGAAAACAAAAUUGAAUCAGAAACAGUAAGUCAAAGUGUAAACAGAAAUGUAGUCUCUUAGGACAUUAAGCAAUUGAAAUGGAAGUUGUGAUCAAACUUUCUGGACUCAUGUCAGUGAAUAUGUCCUCAGAGAAUUUUGAUUUCAUGGUGACUUUAAUGGUGCUUUGAUAAGCAGCCUACUGUAAUAUUACACGUAAAAAUAUUUUUUGUCUUUUAUUUGUCCUUUAUUAUCCUAUUCCACAAUACUAAAAUAAAAAAAUAUAAAAUAUAAAAAAAAUUUUUUUAAGUGUAAUCUUGCUGAUAGUAUUGUGAAUUUAACAGAAAAUGUUACUGUGGCAUCCACUGUCUAGUUUGAAUACAAGCAAAAAGGAUGUUUCUGCUAACAACAUGCAUUAAGAAUUUGUUAAAAUAAUUGUGUAAAUAUUUAUUCUAGCCCGCAAAGUAAUGUUUAAGAACAUAAAAAUGUGCUAGGCUAGUAACCUUUCACAUCAUGCUAAUGAUAACUAUAGGCCAAAUGCAGCAAUAAGUUUUUAAAGUUUUAUUCAGCUUAAUCUUUCAGACGGUAUAAAUAAAAUUGAUAUCUAAACUAAUAUUUUGAAUUGUAGAUAGUAUUGACAUUUCAAAUAGCCUGUGACAGUCUUGCUAACAUGUGAGUAAAAAUAAAUAAACAGAAGAUCCAUUAAGUUGUUUAUGUCAUUGUUGAUGACUGAUACAAGGGCCAUUCCACCGAAUGAGUGCCAUUUGCUUCCAAAACUUUUUAAAAUUUGUAUCUUUUUUAAAGACUGAAUCUAGUAAUACACAUAUUUAACUAUUCAAAAUAUGUACUGGUCCAUUUCAGGUAACUUUAUUUAAUUAUUUACACAAUUUUUAAGUGGAGGAUGCAUUUUUCUCAGUCCUGUUACCAAAACUCUCAUGUCUUUUAAAAAGCAUGUUUAAAAAUAUGUCAACAAAUUCCUUCAUUUCCCCCUCAGGCAGAUGUUUAUUUUAAAUAAAUUGUUGGUUUCACGGUCAAAAAAGACUCUUUUUAUCAUAAAAAAAAUCACUAAUUAUCUAAACAAGGUGUAUUUGUCUAAACACAAACCCAUUUUUUCAUUUUAAAGGUGACUCAAACCUCAAACUUAUAAAUUAUGGACCGAACUUAAUUAAAAAAAUAGUGGUUUAACUUUAUUUUUUUUAAAGAAAAAAACUAUUUAGUAACAGGAAUGAAAUGGGUAACAGGAAGGAGUAUCCAUUAUAUUAGUAUACAGGUUUGACUACACGUAUGAGGUAUUAAUGCCUGCAUAUAGUGAAAGUGUUAAACAUUGACUAGUGAGCAGAACUCACUGCUAAAAAAGACCAAAUCAUGUUUCUAUUUAAAUCUAGUGGUCUGCAAAGGUUUUUGUUUAGGGGUAGAGGAUGGGUCAUUAGAUAAAUAAUAAAUAUUAAAUAUUAAAGUAAAAUUGAUGUUAACUAUAAUAAACUUAACAAAUAAUAUCUUUUCAGUUUUUCUGUGGAUUUUGAUUUCUUAUAGCGCAGCUCACACUCAAACGCCAUUCCACAUAUGAGUCCACUACAUAAUUGCCACAGGACAGAAAUUUUAAGUACAUUUUCUGUCAUACUUGCAGGAAUGUAAUAUAAAAGAACAAUGCAUAAACAACCAUAGGCUUUCUCUUGCAACCAGCAUUGUCUCAGUGUGGAUAGAAGGCCAAAAUGUUGAGAAAAAUGGUUUGUCUAUAUUAAUAUGGAUGUAGUCUAAUAUUUACAUUAAUCAGAUGACACUACUAACUCCUGUUACUUUUACUCAGUUACUAUAUAUAAGUAUAGGAUAUAUGAGUAUAUGAGUAACAGGACUGAAAGUAACAGGAUUGAGAUUUUUGGAUAGAAUCAGCAAAUACAUAUAAUCUAGGCACAUGGAGUACAUGCUAAUAUUAUGAGAAUACUCAGCAAAUUAUAGUGUCACCAAAGAUUUGUAUUUUUAAAAUAAACAAGUAACAUCUUAUAAAUAAUUUAGGUAACAGAACAGUAUAUUUAUAAUGACGCACCCAGCCACCAUUACAAUAUCAUCAAAUAUACAGAAAAGAAAAUAAGACCAAAUGCUUUCAGUAAUUUCAUUGCCUUCAGAAGAUCCAGAUGUUGCAAUAUUAUGUUGAAAAUGUGUCUUGUGGAAUUUUCCCGUUUUUUUUAGUGGAAAAUGUUAAUGUUAAACAGUUAACAUAAUGUGUUAUGGUAACAGGACUGAGUGAAAACCUGGGGACACGACUAAAAUGAAUAUUUUAUCCAAAAUAUUAUAAAUGUAUUUUGAAAUAAAGGUAUUUAAAGCACAGAUGGGAUAUGGAGGUAUACAAAAAUGCAAAAUAAAAAUGUUUUCUGAAGGAUUUUAUUAUAUUUCAAGUUAAAACGUAGCGUUAGACACUGGGGACGUGUACAAAUGCUAUAUGUUCAGUGUUUUAGGUCGUUUUUAAUAACUUUUUUAAUUAUAGAUUUUAAAUUUGCUGUUAGAUUAAUGUGCAGGACACUUUGCUUAAUAAUAAAAUGUAUUUUAUAGUUAAUUUGUAUGCAUGUUUGUACCUAUAAUGUCCUGGGGACACAAAUGGCACCCAUUCGGUGGAAUGGCCCACAAGGUAUAAAAAAUAACGUUCAUUGACUCAGUGUUUUUCCUAUUAUUAUUUUAUCUUUGUAAAUUGUAAAUGUUUUGUAAAAAGUAGAACUAACUGUAGCUAACUGUAGAAACUUUUUUUUUUUUAAAACAACAAGCAUUACAAUUUCCUGUUGUUAAACUUCUCUUACCUGUACUAUAAUAAA